AUGGCGAACCUGUUCCGUCGCAUCUAUGACUGGCUGCUCCGCCUGUUCUGGGCGACUGAGAUGGACAUCACCAUGAUCGGCUCCAUCCCGACUGUUGGCUUCAAUAUGAAGCGCGUCCAGAAAGGUCAUGUAACCUUGAAGUGUUGGGAUCUCGGAGGCCAACCUAGGUUUCGUUCCAUGUGGGAGCGGUACUGCCGCGGUGUGAAUGCCAUUGUGUUCAUCGUCGACUCGGCUGAUAAGGAGGCUCUGCCGGUCGCUGGCGAAGAGCUGAAGCUCCUGUUAGAGAAGCCCGCUCUAGAAGGCAUUCCUCUUCUUGUCCUGGGCAACAAGUCCGACUUGCCCAACAAGCUCUCGGUAGAUGAGCUGAUCGAAGCGCUUGACUUGAAGUCAGUGUCGCACCGAGAGGUGAGCUGCUACGGCAUCAGCGCAAAGGAGGAGACCAACCUCGACGCUGUUCUCCAGUGGUUGAUUGCGCGAGCCAGCAAGUGA